UUGCCUGCAAUUACCCGCUUGGGGGUUUUAUUUCGCUCAUCCUCACUCGCAUUCCUUUCCCUUCUUUCACUUACCUCAUAACCUCUCCAUUUCUAUAGAGCAGAUUGCUCGAAUGCAACCCGACAUUACGAGCCAUCCUUCUAACCCAGCCCUUUCAACAAUUCACCGGGAGAAUAAUACCUACAGCCUCUCCUGUCUGACCAGCAACGGUGAUGAGGAUGAGAUGGACAGGGCAAACAACAAAGAAUGUAACGACACUGACGAGAACGUUCUCAGGGGAUCAAUGGAGGAUUUGCAUCACUUUAUCAGUGAUAAUGUCACACCAGACUUCCCAGAAGGUGAUCAUGGAAGCACUGUCACACCAUUACCGGAAGCAACUCAUAGCUUGACCACAUCGUCGUUGGCAACGCAAAACGACCUCAUUCCUCCUUCUCCAACACCCAUUUCUGUGUGGGCUGCAGACUUACCUGUCGUUGAGCAGCCACAGGAGGCCAUACCUCCGUCGUCCCCUCGCUUCCCUCACUCUCCUUCACAUAUAUUUGAAAUAUCACAAGAAUCUGAUUUUGACGACGAGAAUGAUCGUCGCAUUCAGGAAACCAAAGAUGUUUUUACGGACACCCAGAAAAUUGCAUAUGUUGGUUUGUGCUCUGUAACGAGUCUCGAGGUCGUACAUGAGUGCCAAGGAAAAGACUUUGCUUAUGCUCGAAUGAGCGCUGGCAACUGGCAACGCAAGGUCAUUCGAAGUUUGUACAUGCACAUGGACAUAAGUUCAGAAGAAAUUUCCAUGAUUGAGUCACUCGCCAAACACAAUAUUUUACCCACCGAUCUCGUUCAUCAAUUUACUUCGCAAGGAGAAACGACGACGGUUCCUGUGGGUCCAAUGCAUAAGGUGGAACUCGACUCCAAUGUCAAGAAAGACAAACCAGAAAUAGUAAUCGACGAUAUGACGACCGUCUGUGGUGGCGACGGAGAUCAGGAACCAGAAAAAUCUUUAUCUGAACUUGAAAAUUCUGUAAAUUUGGAUGAUCAGCCAGAAAACACCAUGUCUCAAACGCCAGAAGAACAUGACGGCCAUGGGUCUGAUACAGAUAGCGUUGACGCACAAGUGGGAGAGAAUGCUACAGACGAUGCCGAUAACGAUAAUACCUCUGUGCGAUCGGAUCGACCAGCAUCUGUCUCUGACGCUAGUUCCCGAACUGUCGGACUUGACCACGAUGAUACCAUAAAGACCGAAGAUACCACUCUUGAUUCAAAACCCACAGAUCCCAUUGUAGAAGAAGGGAAACCACAGGAACUGGUGGUUGAUUUGCGUUGGACGGUAGUUUGCGACUUGGUCAUUCUCUGCCUUUCUAUGAACAACUAUGACGCCAGAUCUCGAGUUUUCAUUCGAAAAAUUGCUACCUAUUUAUCUCUAGAGUGGCCAGAAGUCAUUGCAUUCGAACGACGUAUAUCUGAAUACUUGGCUCAAAACGACCCAUCAUGGGAGACUGAAUCAGAAAUGUCAUUCAUGACCACAGGAAGUGAUGAGACGACGAUGACCAAUGCCACCUCCGAAUUUGCCGUAUCUCACAAGAACGAUGCAAUGCGUAAAAGCCGCAACAAGCAACAGAAAAAGAAGCGAUACAUUAUGAUGGGUCUGGCCACCUUAGGCGGUGGUCUUGUGCUUGGUCUCAGUGCAGGACUAAUGGCACCCGUCAUUGCUGGUGGACUUGGAGCUGUUCUAACUACGGUUGGUGUGACAGGUACCUCUGGUUUUCUUGGCGGUACGGCGGGAAUUGCCCUUAUCACAAGCGGAGCCACUGUCGCGGGUGGCCGAAUAGGCGCUAAACGAAUGUUCAAUCGAACAAAAGGUGUGGAUACAUUUGAAUUUGUCACAGUCAAAGCUGAAGAUCGUGUCAACUGUCUUAUUACUAUCACUGGCUGGCUGUCUCGUCCGGAUAACAAGGAGGAAGCAGCUCACCCCUUCUGUACUAUCGACAGCUUAAUGGGCGACCACUAUACACUAUUUUGGGAACCGGAGCUACUAACGGAACUGGGCAGUGCUAUCAAGAUUAUUGCAACGGAAGUCGUUACUCAAGCUAUUCAACAGGCUUUGCAACAUACCAUCAUGGGUGCCUUGCUCGCUGGUCUGACCUGGCCAUUGGCACUAACCAAGAUUGGUUAUUUGAUUGACAACCCCUGGGCCAAUGCUUUAGAUCGAGCCCGGAUAGCUGGGUUGAUUUUGGCAGACUCUUUGAUGAAUCGCAGUAUGGGUUCUCGCCCUGUCACACUGGUUGGAUUUUCGCUUGGUGCAAGAGUCGUCUUCUUUUGUUUACUGGAAUUGGCUCGCAUGCAUGCCUUUGGCUUGGUUGAAGACGUUGCCAUUUUCGGUACUCCUGUCAGUGCCUCCAUGAGCCAGUGGAAAGAAUGCACGACUGUGGUUGCUGGUCGAUUUGUCAAUGGAUAUGCAACGAACGAUUGGUUGUUAGGAUUUUUGUUCAGAGCUUCCACAGGGGGUCUUGGUAGUGUUGCUGGCUUACGGCCUCUCAAAAACGUGGAACAGAAUGUUCAAAACCUGGACUGCACUGAUCUGGUCAAAGGUCACCUCCAUUACAGAACAGCCAUGCCAAAACUUCUUAAAAGAGCAGGAUUUGAAGUGACGAGCGAGGAGCUUCCUGAACUCAAGGAAAAAGAAAGACCAGGUGGUGUGAUGGGACUUGUUGGAUUUGGUAGAAGUUCAUUAGCUGUCAAUGAAAACGAUAGUAAGGAACGCGCUAGCAGUAGCGGAAGCAGGUCUUCAACGCCUUCAAUCGACAAUGAUUCUACUUCAAAACUAGCGACCGAGAUUGAUCUUCCUGUUAUCGAAUUGGUCCAUGAAGACAGCAAAGAACCCAAACUGAAUAAGCAACCAUUCUUAAACCGUGCAAAAGCAUCUUCCUUAUCAUCCUUCUCGUCUGGGAAAGCAUCUAUCACUCUACCAAAUCGCAGAGGAAGCCCAGAUAUCACUCUCAACACCUCACCCAACACUCAUUCACCUGUUGUUCAUACAACUUCAUUGUCAUCCCCUAUACCCUAUCGUGAUUUGGACUCAAUGUCAUCCCCACGGGAUAGCAACGAAAAUGUAAAGUACAGCUUAGAAUCAUCUGUCCCCAUGGUUCGCAGCAAAUCCGAUGUUACCUAUGACAGCAAUAUCCUCCAUCCAUCUUCUGAACCAGAAGAACGACCUCCACCUGUACCUUUGAUCAGCAGUCAAACAGAUAUGGAUCUCAUUGCUGGUAUCAUUGCCAAUGCCACGGCAGCCGCUUCUUCCAAAACUGGAUCAUAUAGUUCUCUUUCAUCUGGAAAGGCCUCUCUUGCACCAAGAUUAACACCAUCCGCUUCUGCGUCUACGCAAAAUUGCAGUAGUGCUAAUGUGACGGAGAAACGUGCCUUUCGGGAUUUAUUUGGCGGUCGUCCCAAAAUGACACAUACUGCCACAGCACCAGCUCAAGUACCCAUCAAAGAAGUCAAGGCUGAACCUUCUUCUACAUCGUUCUUCAGCAAGAGUUUAUUUGGACGGCGGAAAGAUGAACCAUCGGACCCCAACCAGUUGGAGCUCGUGGAGGCCGGAGUUGAAGUGAAGGAACUGAAAAGUACGCUGGGAACUAUGGUGGUACCUCACGAAAUUUCCAAUCCUUUACCUAAAGUCACAUUAGAAAUGCCAAAGCAUGCUCAUCGCUUAGGAUAGUUACAGCUUGUUUGGCAAAAAAUAUAUACAUUUUUUUUUUUUUUUGAAAAAAUGAAAAA